GAAAUAUAUAUUAAUUAGGAACAUAAAGAGAAAAACAAUGGCAAGCUUUGAUGCGAAUAUUAUACAAUUAAAAUUAACUCAAAAAUAUUAACAUGCAAUUUUUUUGGAAUGAUUAUUCUUUAUUUAUUUAAUUUUAUCUUUUGUCAGUAAAUAACAUUCUUACAUUAACUUGCAACACUGCAUUGUAAAUAACGCCCUGUCGUCUUUGCCCGCCUCUCCUCUCCCACAGCCCCAUCCCUCCCGUCCCAACCCUCUCCCAGCCCAAAAUUAUCCCUAGAAAAGAUCUUAUGAGAAACAAAAGAUAGAAGCCAAGGUGUAGGAUAGUAAUUGUUGUUCAAGCUGUGAGUGAAGUGGCUGCUGGUAGUAUGAAAAUCCUACAGAACAGUAUUUGACAGGAAUUCGAAAUGGUGGUUCAAAAGAAUUGGAAUAAUAUAGAGGUGUCGCCGCAGAAUCCUGUUACCGAAGGUCCCUCAAGUACGUGGGGCUUUCAAACACCUGCCAAAGCAACUAUCGUCCGUUCUAACACCCCCAGCAAUAUGCAAGCCAAACAGCCAGUUACGAGACAAAUUGCUAUAAAUACUUUAGCAGCUAUGCACCGAAGGUUCAGUCUACCUGGACCAGUGCAGCCACAUUCUAGACCUAUUGCGGAAUUCAGAGCAAGUGCUAAUAAAUCACUGGAUAUGUUGCGACAAACAAUACAGUCAGCGGUCACAAGAGAAAUUGAUCAAGUUAUCAAGAAGUAUUUGGAAAAAUUCUUUGUACCUGCUGUUAACAACAUAAGACUGAAUUUGGGAGAUGAAUCUGUUAGUGAAGAUCAGGUACGAGCUGUCUGCCGGGCCAUGUUAGAUGCUACUCGAUUGCUUUACACCACCCCUCCUCGACCAGCACAGUCACCAUUUGAUAAUAGUGACUCGGAAUCCAAUAACAGCACUGACUCCAAACUUGUUAAGCAAAGUGUUGUGAGUUUUAUAAAAUUACAGACUCCAUCACAAAAGAGGAAGGAUUCCGACAAUGAUAUUGAUUUGACGAAGCGCAAGAAAAUAAAGCAGGAAGAUGGAACAGACAGUGCGUCAUCCUCACCAUUACCUUCUCCGGCCAUCAGAGACCCUGAGAAAUGGAAUCCAGCAAGGUUAAAUCAGGAGACACUGUUCAUCAUGGGCUCUCAUGCUCAUAAAGUGUUGGGAUUGGGAAAUUCACGUGGACGCUUGUAUACAAGACACGCUGGUCUUCUUAGAUAUCCAGCUGACUCGGCUGAUAAGGAAUGGAUUGCUAGUCACAACUUGGUUAAUGCUGUGGGUGGGAAAACUUACAUAAUGGUUUUGGAAGACAUUGAAGAGCUUGCUAAUAGUGAAGCAUACAGACACAGUUCAUUACCAAUGCUUGGGGAACUGACAGGGUUCAAGGUACCUCUGUUUAUGUUGAGGAAGAUAAAGGCUUAUGUCCUCAAAAGAGCUCUAAGCGGCGAGUUGAGUAACGCUAACAGUCCCCAACCAUCCACAAGCAAUAUCCAAGAAGAAGAUAAAUACAAAAUUGAGGAUAUCAAAGUUGAACCAAAUCACGACAAUUUUGAUAGUAACAGUUUCGAUGCCAGUCAGUAUAUAGGGAAUGGUGAAAACAGCAGAGAUUUCUCAGAUGUUCCAAUGAUGAAGGAAGAUACAGAUUUUGCUGAUAUCAAAGUUGAGGACAUGGAUGAUAUGAAGGUAGGCGGCAUCAAAGUCGAAGAUUUGGACGAAAUCAAGAUGGAAGAAAUGAAAGACGAAGAUGUGGAUUUGAAUGAAAUCAAAUGCGAGAACAUUGAUGAUAUUAAUGUUGAAGGAAUUAAAGUUGAAGAUAUAAAGUUAGAGAGUGACGACUUUGCCCUUUGUAAAUCAGAAGAUGUUCAGAACCAUCUAGUUGACGGUCUAUUGGAGUCCGAUAUAGAGUUUUUGAGCAGAAAUUUGGGAAAUAUUGAGAGUGAUGCAGAUGCUAGAAAAACUAUUGAGAAGUUAACCGGCGCUAAUCCUGAUACGAUCACAUUGGUUGGUGAUGAGUUUGACUUGGGUACAACCUUGAACACAAGCAAUUUUACAGUAAACCAAACGAAAUGCAUCACAGUGGCCUCAACUACAAGUGGUAUGGUACACAGCGUGCCAGUAGCCCACUUGCCGUCACCGCGUAUCACGGGCAGUACGGUUCACUACUACACGAGCGCGCCGCCCGUGUCGCAAGCGCCGCAGUCGUCGCUCGCGUCGCAAGUGUCGCAAACGUCGCACGCCGCGCCCGUGUCGCACGCGUCGCGUACACUGCACCAUCUACCGCAAGCUACUGUCACUAUACAGAACAUACCGGGGACUACGUCGCAGCUUAUUCGAGGAAUACCAAUCAAUACAAAAUCUGGUACCUUCAGCACCGUCAUGUCUCAAGGCACUGCGAGCACUAUCAUCGGUUUCGGGACUCGCACUUCCAACGCGACGAUAAUCGGUACUCCUCAAUACGUCAACGUAAGCUCCAAGUCUUUCCCCACCGGGAACAUUCUCCACAACGCCAUCGUAUCCCGAAACAUCAUCAAUAGAAGCAAUAUCCCCGCUUCGAGCGCGACAUUCAACGUGACAGCAGUCAGACCCAUCCUACACACGUCAACCCCCAAGAUAAGUACAGUUGUCACAACUAGUUCAAGUGAUUUCGAUACUAUCUCAACAACCAAAGAUAUGAUAGACAAUGCCUGUAACUCAUCGGUGAUGUUAAAGAAGGUUUUGACUCUAGGUAGUGCGGGGGCUACCAAGUCGUUCAUGAUGCAUAAUACGCAGAAGGUUUUGUCGACAGGGUUCGCCAAUGGGGUGACCGCCCCGCCGAAUGUGACUAUCGUUAGUUCAGGGAACACUGUUACUAUGAUGAAUAAUAAUAACGGGCAUUCUACUUCCAACAUAGUAAGCGCUGCGUCUGGUAAUUUAAGCGCUACUCAUGCUACGCUAUCAGCUCUGUUAGCGUCUAACGCUGAAAACGCACAACAGAGCAAGAAAUAAUCAAAUUCCAGGUCUCAUUCCAUAUUAGUCCAUUACUCCAUCGAUCUCAUAAUCCUAGGCAAAUAUUCUCCUGUAUUACUUAUUCAAAUGUUUAUCUUAUAAGGCUCUUGGUAUACGAGGCAACGCUAGUCUUUCAUUCUCCGAGUAAUUACAGGCCUGCAAACUCGUAGAGUAUGUAGACCUGUGCCUUUUUUGGAAAGUCAUCGGGUAUAGAAUACUUGAGUUGUCUUGUAUAUAUAGGGUUUCUGUAUUCGUCUCCUAACUUCCUUAUUGUUGUUAAUUAUUAAUUAGAACAUAAGUUAAAAAACAAUAUUGCAGUAGAUAUGCAGUAGUUAAUAUAUUAAUGUGAGUCUAUCCAUUAUAUAUACUACUCAUGCAUAUACCAAAACUUAUACUGCGUUUAGGCUAGUCCUAGAUUACUUUGACUAUGCAUCUUAGGCCUAGUGCACACAGCCUGUAUCAGCAAUAUAUUUAAAGUUUAAUUCAUGGAUGAUACUAAAAAAAGUAUGUGAACUUAGAAAAGUAAACAGUUUUGCAGUCUGCUUUAUAUUCUUGCUUAUAUGGGCUUUUAUGCACUGGCCAGAUGCAGUCAACAAAACAUGUAUUGAAAACUGUCCAUUAGUAGUUUCGUAAAGGUAUGCCAAUGUAAAUUUGUGUGGCUACCGAUCCCUAGUUUAAUAAUAUUUUAGCAUAAUUAUCAUACAUUCAUAGAGAUUAAAUAAUAUAAAGAAAUAAUAAUAUAAUUAUAUUAUAAUCUACCUCUUAUGUUACCUAUAUUGUAGUAUGGUUAACUUUAUCAAGGUUGUGUUUCGCUUAGAGUACAAAUUGGGAAUUAGGGACUGCAUGUUAUCAGUAUUACUUGCCGACAAAUUAUAAUAUCUUUAAUAAUAAUGUGUAUUCACAAAAAUGAAAAGCGUAAAUCGUUAAGUUGCUCGCUUUUGCAGGCGAUGUUUGCCAACAUCAGCCGCUGAAUUAAAAAAUAGCAAAUAUUUGAUUAGUAGUUGUAUACUUAAAAGUAAAAAAUAUAUCUCAGCAUUGUAUUGUUAUAAUCUAUAUGAGUCUAACAGUAAUUGAUAACCAAAGUAUUUACAGAUUCGAUAUAAAAACUCUUUCGCUAGAAUGACUAUUAAUUAAUAUUAAAAUAGAAUGUAUGUUAGCAUGUUUAAUCCAGCUAUUAAAAACUGUUGUUUACUGAAAUUACCUAAGCAUAGCGAGUAUUGUCUGUUUUCAACUGUUUUACAUGAAAUCAGUUGCUUGAAAGUCUAAUUAAUUAAAUAAGAUAAGUUCUAGAGCCAAACAAUAUGAUCUUUUAAAGUAUAAUUUAUCAUUUACAACUGAAGCUAUAUGACUGAUUGAAACAAGGUUCAUGAAAAUAUUUUUACACACUUUUCUCAUAUAUAAUAAGCAAGUCUAUUUUUUAUAUUUCUAUAAUUUAUUUUUUUAUGAAGGGGUUUUAUCAUGUAACUUAGGUUAUUUAUUCAUUUGUUUCAUGGAUUGUAAAUAUGAAUAAUUCUAGAAAACGUUUUAAAAAUCUUGUAGCAUAGUUCUAGGCAUAAUUUAAAGUUUUUAAGGUAAGUCUUUAUGAAAAUGUUAAGGAAUUUUUUUGAUGUUUCGCUUUUUUGUUUAAUUGUUCACUCAUUGUGCCAAAUGUCGUUUUAUAAUUCUAGACUGUUGCUUUGGUUAAGUUUUUCGCUUGUUGUUUAUUGCGAUCUUAAAAUAUAAUUAAAUCAGGAUUGGAUACCAAAUCUUCAUAAAAUGAAGUGAAGGCGCGCGCACCGCGUAUCAGGGAGGAUUGAGAGUCGAUCUCUCGCAGUCCCGAUGCCUCUCGUUUCCUAUGAUCUGUAUUAACUCUAUUAUAUUGUACUUAAAAAAAAGAUUUUUUACUAAGGAAGGCCUUGAUUCAUACUCGAUCCACACUUGACUCAUUGAAACAGCAUUUUGUUGUAAGUAACGAAAAUUGUGUAGUGUCCAAUCCCUGAUGCAUGAUUUUACUUUUUGUAUUAGCUAUUGUUAUAAAUAUUUGUGCUAAAUAUGCUUUUUACUGAAGGUUUUUGUUUAAAAUAUUCUUGUAAUGUAGUUUCGAAUUUCGAAUACUUGUUGAUUACUAAAAUACUUGGCAAUUAAAACUUUGGAUCUACGUUUUAUUUUGGUUUGAGCUAAUAAUAUUUAUAUUUAUUAAGUGAAUUUGCGUGUAUGUGAACAAUACUAAAUGCUAAUUGCAAUAAUAAUUUGUUAUUGAAAUCAUCGAUUGAGAUUAACGAUCAGUCAUUUUACUAAGCUUUAUAUUAAUUAUUUUUUUGAGUGGCAAUACGUAUAUUUUGCUAGCUUUUAGCGGCUAUUUCGGCUUUAAUGAUUAUUUUUCUUUGCAAUAUUUUUGUUCGCUUUUGUGCAAUGUUAUAUUUGUUUAUUUUUUUUAAUUUAGCCCUUUUGCUUCGUGUUGCAAUAUUUAUUUAUUGAGCUACGGCUUUUUAUUGUUUAUGCCAGCUUCAUAAGCUUGUAUGCAAUUAUAAUAGUUUUUUUUAAUUAACGAUUUUGUUGAAGAUAGAAAGCUCCGCAUAUUGCUGACAGACCUGACCUUCUUAAUUCUACUUUUGACGAUAAUAUGACGUCAUUUCAGAUUGUCCAAUACGAGAAGAUUCCGGUCUGUUAGCAAUUCUCGAGAGUCAUAAUUUAGAAUUUAGAUAAAUAAGUUAUUAAAGUUGAACUAUGUUUGUAAUUUAUUGGAUACCUGUUGUUCAAAUGUGAUCCGAAAGUGAUUAUUUCAUAGUACUGUGUUGUGAAAUGGCUGUGUUUUUACUUCAGUGAUAUAUUUUCGAAUAAGCCUCUAGAUUUCGACUCAAUUCUAUUUUCUUGUCAAUGAAUACGAUAAUUAAAUUUAAUGGUCUUAGUAUUGUUAGGGAAAUUUCUCGCACAUACUAGGUGUAAAGAAUAGGAGUGAAAGUUUUCAAACUGUUUCCAACAAUUUAACCAAGAAAGCUAUAAAAUAAGAGAAAAUAAAUGUUCUUGCCGUACAAAAUUAUAAUCAUCAAAUAAUCGAAAUUUAGCAAGAAGGCCUGCAAUUGACUAUUGUAACAGAUUUACAAAUGUAUAAAAUAUAUUUUUUUUUUAAUUUUCACACAAACAAUAUCUCUUAAAAGCGCCUUACGACGAGUGACGUUCGCGCAUACAGGGUUUAUUUUCAAUGACCAGCCCCGUUUGUAUCUAUGACUUUAUGGCUUUCUGCAGUUGGAGAAUUUAAAAUAUUUUCACGUAUAUUCUCUACACUUUGUAUAGUAGAUGUAUUCACCUAGUUGGUACUACUUGGUACAUUUUCCGAUAUGAUUGUUGUGGCUGUGUUUUUUCCUAUGUAUUCGUUGUACUGUCGUGUUAAAAGGUUGUUAUGCGAUAUGCAGUGAUCGUUUUAGUGAAAUAUUUUGAUCUCUAGCAUACGAUAGGUGUAGUAUAUAGAAAUGUAUUACUGUUGUAUGUGGGUUUGUGUCCUAUUUCAUGAGGUUUUAAAAUUUCUUGAAUAUACUUGAAUGAAUGAAUAA